AUGCCCUCUGAAUCGGCUAAAAAACGACAAGCCAAAAAGAAGCAACAAGCCAAGGCCAGAUCGAAAGGUGCAGCCAAGUCGACGAACGGCUCUGAUUCUUUAAAACAGUCUACAAUCGAUAAAGGUUGGUCGUCUACCGGGGUCUUAGAUAGCCACGCUCAAUCCCGUGAUAUCCAUAUCUCCAAUUUUUCUCUGACCUUUCAUGGAGCGGAAUUAUUGACUGAUACAAAAUUAGAACUUAAUUAUGGUAGAAGAUAUGGGUUAGUUGGCUUAAAUGGUUGCGGUAAAUCAACACUAUUAGAAUGUCUAACAUAUCGAGAUAUUCCAAUACCGGAUCAUAUUGAUAUCUAUCACUUAUCGGAAGAGAUGGGUAAAAGCCAAAAAACCGCUAUUGAAGCUGUUAUGGAAGUUGACGAGGAGAGGAUUAGGCUUGAACAAGAGGCAGAAAGAUUAACUGCUGAACUACAAAAGGGAAAUGACAGUGCUCAUGAUCGCAUAACCGAAAUUUAUGAACGUUUAGAUGAAUUAGAUGCUGAUAAGGCUGAGGUGAGAGCCUCAAGAAUACUACAUGGGUUAGGAUUUACGAGCGAUAUGAUGAAAACCAAGACUGAAGAUUUCUCCGGCGGUUGGAGGAUGAGAAUUUCACUCGCCCGAGUUUUAUUUGUCAGCCCAAUGCUUAUGCUAUUAGAUGAACCUACUAAUCAUUUAGAUUUGGAAGCAUGUGUAUGGUUGGAAGAAGAACUAAAGAAGUAUAAACGAAUUCUAGUGAUUAUUUCACAUUCUCAAGAUUUUCUUAAUGGAGUAUGCACAAACAUUAUUCACAUGCAUGAAAAUCAAUUGAUUAGUUACUCGGGAAAUUACGAUACCUAUGUGCGUACCAGAGCUGAAUUAGAAGAAAAUCAAAUGAAACGAUAUAACUGGGAACAAGAUCAAAUAGCUCAUAUGAAGGAUUAUAUAGCUCGAUUUGGCCACGGUAGUGCUAAACUUGCUAGGCAAGCUCAGAGUAAAGAAAAAGUUUUAGCGAAAAUGGUAGCUGGUGGGUUAACAGAAAAAGUUAUUCAAGAUAAGUUACUUUCAUUCUACUUUCCUGAAUGUGGCAAACUUGCUCCACCUGUGCUUAUGGUUCAACAAGUUUCAUUUCGAUAUUCCGAUGGAAAGCCCUACAUUUAUAAAGAUCUGGAAUUUGGGCUAGACCUGGAAUCUCGAGUAGCUUUGGUUGGCCCGAAUGGUGCUGGUAAAUCUACCUUACUGAAACUGUUAGAUGGAGAGUUAUCACCAACAGAAGGCUUAAUUAGGAAACAUGGCCAUUUGCGAAUUGGUAGAUAUCACCAACAUUUAAAAGACCAUUUGGAUCUAGACUUAUCAGCAGUUAAAUUUUUAAUGAAAUGCUUCCCUGAAAUCAAGGAAGUAGAAGAAAUGCGAAGAGCUCUUGGACGAUACGGUUUAACUGGGAAACAACAGAUGUGUCCGAUAAAAAAUCUUUCAGAUGGCCAGCGCUGUCGCAUUAUAUUUGCUUGGCUUUCAUGGAGUAGACCACAUAUGUUAUUACUAGAUGAACCUACUAAUCACUUAGAUUUAGAAACAAUUGAUGCCCUAGCAGCUGCUAUUAAUGAUUUCGAAGGAGGGUUGGUGCUAGUGAGUCACGAUUUCCGAUUGAUAAAUCAGACCGCGAAAGAGAUAUGGGUUUGUAAAAAUGAAACCGUAACAGUUUGGAAAGAUGACAUUCAAUCGUACAAAGCACAGUUGCGAUCCUCAAUUGAUCUAUAA